CAUCACCGCGGGUGGUGGAGGUACCAGGAGAUGUCGAAGUGGAGGAGGGCGCCCCGCUACUGCUGGUGUGCGCCGUGCAGGGCUACCCAGCCCCUCUGGGCUACUGGACGCGGGAGGGCUCCCAGACCAUCCUCCCGGCCGCCCACACGCCCAUGGUCGGCGUGGGCGGCGGCGGCGGCGGCGGGGAGGAGGAGGAGGAGGGCCUCGAGGGCGUCAAACUGGCCUACUCCGUCUCCCGCGCUAAUCACCAUGACGCAGGUCGAUACAUCUGCGGCGGCGUCAACACCGCGGGCGGGGUUAUGACUCGCGUGGGCGUACGGGUCCGCCCCGCCCACCUCCUGCCCCCGCCCAUCAUCUCCGUGCCGCCCAUCAACCAGACGCUGCCCCUCAGGGGUCACGCCGCCAUGACCUGCCGCGUGUGGGGGUCGCCGGCCCCCACUGUCACCUGGCGCCAUAACGGCAGACUUGUCACCUCCACGGAGCGACGGGCGCUUCUCCCCGACAACACCCUCACUAUAGACGAACUAGCCGCCGAGGACGCCGGCCAGUACGCGUGUGUGGCGUCCUCGCCCAGGGGCGUGACGGAGUCCCGCGCCGUCCUCACCGUCGCCUCCCCCGCCCAGCCGGGCGUGGUGUUCUCCCGCGCCCCCGACCCUGACACGGCGCCGCGCCCGCCCGCCACGCCCACGGUACGCGCCAACAACGGCACGGCCGCCGUGGUGGAGUGGACGCCCCCGGAGCGGCAGGGGGCGUCCCCCGUCACCGGGUACACUCUGGAGUACUACAGUAGUGCCGGGGCGGCUUGGAAGGUCGCUGCCGCCCACACGCCCCUCACCACCUUCACGCUGGCGCCCCUGGAUGCCGCUAACACCUACGGCGUCACCGUCCGUGCCCAUAACGCCCACGGGGUGUCAGAGCCAUCGGGCAUUGCGGAGGUGGGCGUGGGCGGCGGGUGGGUGCGGGCGGGGGAGGAGGAGAUGAGGCUUCAGGAGGCCAAGGUGGUUCUGCAAGAUGCUGUUCCUACGGGUCAAGCUUCCGCCAAGAUCCUGUGGCAGGUAAGAG